UGAUAAACUGUCGGUUGAUGGGUUUCAGUAGUCGUUGCAGAAGGAUCGCAUUAAGUAUUCUUCUCUCCAUUCAACAUCAUCAUUUGAAUUUUAUUCACUAGACAAUUUCAAUUCCACUUGGUUUGUUCAGCAUUUUUCUCCUAAACGAUGACGAACUUAUUACCGUUAACGGCUGGUGCGUUUGUCGUCGUCUUUCUGCUGUCGGGGACAGGUAACGCACAGAUCCGCUUUGCAGGAAGAUCGAGCAGGAUCGAAUUGCCUUCCGUGCCGUUCACAGACGACUAUUUGAAAAAAUCGCCAAUGAUCUUCCAGGCCAUCGAGAUACUCUACGUGCCUCUAUGGGAAUUGCGCUGGCAAUUUUCGGAAGCGUCAAAGAAAAACACAAGAAAUGCCAACGAAAAAUUUCUCGAUCUCUACGGCGUCUUGAAUUUCUUCAAGGUGGAACAGAGUUAUACAAAUAGGAAUUUUCCGGAGCAUUUCAAGAAAAUGAAAGAUCUAUCCAAAGCUUUUGUUCAAAUGUACCACAUGCGCCGCGAAGUUUCCCAUCAGAGUUACUCGGUGGGAUGUUUCGAGUCGGACGCCAAGGCCCUGGUUGACGUGGCGGAAUACCUGGACAACUUGAGUGGCAGAACGAACGUUCGGACUACCGGGAAUGAAACGAGCGUAGAAUCUUCCACUACAAGAAGAGGUAUUGGCGAACGAACCAGAGCGGACGGUGGAUCUCGCGGUAGAAGUCCAAGUCUAAUUGACAGAUCAAGAAGCGGAACUACCAGCAGUGAAUCUCUUAGGAGAAGUCAGAGCAGUCCACCUAGAUUUUCUGGUCCUACUAUUGAGAAUAAAAUCUUGAUGGCUCUUGGCAAACGAGACAGCAGGUCAUUCGGUCGAAUCGAUGACAAAUGCUCCGGUCGUUCGUCUAAAAUCGUUGAAUGUGCUAUUGAUUCUUCUCCUUCAAACAGUGGUCGUCCAAUGAUUGGUUGACAACAGCCAGCCGAACCGAUUUUGACACUUUGUGUGUCAUUUGAUGCCAACGGGAUGGGAUUCAUUUCGCUUAAUUGCUGUGUUUAAGUUGACUGUCUAUUUUUUGGGGGGACGCUGUUGUGUUACUUUGUUGUUUUGCUAUGUCGGCUGGAUGAUGUUUGCUUAAAAUUCCCCAAUAAAUUUGCAUUUCUUCAACUA